GGCCGCACCCACAAGGCCGCAAAGCUGCUGCCUUUAUAUACCCGCGCGCCGUCCCCCCGUGUCCUCCAACUCGCCAUUCCGGCAUUCCGCUACCCACCAGCGACACCCGGUUCUUGAACACCACCACUAGCCAGUCCCCAGAGCCGCGAGCGCCAGCGGUGAGGGUGCAGAGCAGCGACGACGUGAAUUGAUUGAUCAUGGGGCUGAGGAAGCGCCUGCUGCGGUGCUUCGGGUACGGCGGCGAGGAGGGGGCGGAUCAGGAGCAGAAGGAGGAGGCGGCGGCCCGGCCGGCGGGCGGGAGGCGGGCGGGGACGAAGCCGACGCUGCGGCGGCUGAGCACGGCGAACCUGCGGUCGCUGUCGCUGCAGGACCUGUCGCGGAAGCUGGAGACCACCAAGCUGCACGCCUUCACGCUGGACGAGCUCAAGGCGGCCACCAAGAACUUCUCCACCGCCAACUUCCUCGGCGAGGGCGGCUUCGGCCCCGUCUACAAGGGAUUCGUCGACGCCCGCCUCCGCCCGGGCCUCGACCCGCAGCACGUCGCCGUCAAGUACCUCGACCUCGAGAGCGGCGGCGUCCAGGGACACCGCGAGUGGCUGGCGGAGGUGGUGUACCUCGGGAUGCUGAGCCAUCCGCAUCUGGUCAAGCUGGUGGGAUUCUGCAACGAGGACGAUCAGAGGAUGCUGGUCUACGAGUACAUGCCCAGGGGCAGCCUCGAGAACCACCUCUUCAAGAAUCUCCUCGCAUCGCUGCCAUGGUCGACGCGGCUCAAGAUCGCUGUCGGCGCGGCCAAGGGGCUGGCGUUCCUGCACGAGGCGGAGACGCCGGUGAUCUACCGCGACUUCAAGGCAUCGAAUAUUCUCCUCGACUCGGACUACACCGCGAAGCUGUCCGAUUUCGGGCUGGCGAAGGAGGGCCCGCAGGGGGACGCGACACACGUGACGACGCGCGUGAUGGGCACCCACGGGUACGCGGCGCCGGAGUACAUCCUGACGGGCCACCUCACGGCGAAGAGCGACGUGUACAGCUUCGGCGUCGUGCUCCUGGAGCUCCUCACGGGCCGCCGCUCCGUCGACAAGCGCCGCCGCGGGCGCGAGCAGAACCUCGUCGACUGGGCCCGGCCCUACCUCCGCCGCGCCGACCGGCUGCACCGGGUCAUGGACCCGAGCCUGGAGAUGCAGUACUCGGCGCGCGCGGCCGAGAAGGCGGCCAAGGUGGCGCACCAGUGCCUGCAGAGCGUGCCCAAGGCGCGGCCCUCCAUGCGCGACGUCGUGGGCGCGCUGGAGCCGCUGCUCGCGCUCGACGACGACGUGCCUAUGGGGCCCUUCGUGUACACGGUCGGCGGCGGCGGGGCCGAAGCGGCGGAGGCCGCGCCGGCGCCGGCGCGGGCCGAUGACGAGGCCGCCGCGAACGACGAGGAGGCGGAGGCCGGCAGCCGGCAGGGCAAGAGGCACGUCAUGUCGGCCGUGCACGCGGAGAGCCCGCUGCGGUACGCCAGCGCGGUGAAGAGGCCGGAGAGCCCGCCGACGCUGAGCAGAGCAUGAGUAAAACGGAGCAAAGCGGCGAAGGGAUCACAAGAUUCACAAGUGUACAUAGCUGACAAUGUGUCCAUGAAUUCUUUUGUUUUUGGGUUUCUUGGUGAUGUUAUUCUUCCUCCCAAGAAUUUGAAGGGGAGAGAUUUUGUUUCCUUUUUUCAUUGUAUUGUUAGUAUACUGCCGAGAAUACCUCAAAUUGGUGUAUUUGUAUACUGGAAGUUUGAGGCAACACGUAUUGCAAAAGCUGUUCAAUUUGAACA